UUUUAUAUAUUUCACAAAAUUGUAGACUAUUCAACUCCUAUACCCUAUUUAAACCAAUCCAAACUAAUCCUUAAUUCUCACCAAAAACCCAAUAAUGGGAUACUCCAAUAUUGCUUUAAUCAUUUGUUUCCUUACCUUUGCUAUAUUUCACUCAUCACAAGCUCAAAACUCCCCUCAAGAUUAUCUUAACGCUCACAAUGCAGCUCGUAGACAAGUUGGAGUCGGUCCUAUGACAUGGGACAAUAGGCUAGCGGCCUUUGCCCAAAAUUACGCCAAUCAAAGAGCUGGGGACUGCAGGAUGCAACACUCUGGUGGACCUUACGGUGAAAACCUAGCUGCCGCUUUCCCCCAGCUCAACGCGGCUGGUGCUGUGAAGAUGUGGGUUGAUGAGAAGCAAUGGUACAAUUAUAACUCGAAUACUUGUCAAGCUGGUAAAGUAUGUGGACACUAUACUCAGGUGGUGUGGCGUAACUCGGUACGUCUUGGUUGUGCUAGGGUCAGGUGCAACAACGGGUGGUACUUUAUAACUUGUAAUUAUGAUCCACCAGGUAACUGGAGAGGACAACGUCCAUAUGGUGAUCUUGAAAAUCAACCGGCUUUUGAUUCCAAGUUGGAACUUCCAACUGAUGUCUAAUUAUAAGUUACAUGAUCAAAAACAUGAAUGAAUAAAGUGAUCGAUUGUCGAGGAAAAUAAAAUCCAGGCUAUGCUUAUGUGACUUGGGAAAUAUGUACUCUAAACUUAUAUAUUUUGUUGCUAUGUGUAUCACAAUUCACAGUGUAUUUUACAGUUUUUUUGUGGGCUUUAUUGGAUGUGUGUAUGUUGCAGCUUAUU